AUGCUUCCAGGCAAACGUAGCCGGUACAUUGCCGUUGCAUCACUACUGCCACUUUCAGGACUUUGCUACUGGCUGCUGCACUGGUGGAACAGGCGACAGAAGGGAGUGGGUAAUGGUGCAGCAACUGAGGAAACCGAUAGUUCUUCCAGUGCUGGCACCACCACAUCAAGUGCUUCUUCUGACUGCGAGCUGGAGGAAAAUGAACGGCCCAAGUACCACGAGAUGCUCAUGCAAAUGAAAGUCAGAGGAAAUGAAUUCUUCCAGGAAGGGCAGUAUGAGGCGGCGCUUGAGGCCUAUCAGAACUGUAUCGAUGCAUGUUCAGCACUUGGUUCACAUGAUGCAGUAGCAGUAGAGGUGGACCAUGUCGUACGGGUAAAUGUUAUUCUCGUAUUCUUGAGACUUAAGCGUCCGGAGGAGGCGCGUAUGCUUGCCACAUUCCUUUUGCAGGACGAGGCGUGCCCUGUUCGAGGGGAGUUAAAGGUAAAGGCACUUUAUAGACGUGGUCUUGCAAGUCAGGAUAUUGGAGAUUUAGAGUCAGCACUCUGUGACUUUCGUGCAGCGGUUGAAUGCUCUCCGGGGCAGAGCAACCCCGCGGCCGAAAGGGCAAUCGCGGAACUCAUGAAGAGGAGUAGCUGA